ACAGGCCUCAGCAAAUAUUGCUGUAAACGAAACUGAAAGUGUGGGAUGUGACUAAAGGGGUGGAGAGAGAGAGAGAAGGAGAGGAGAGGCAUAAGGAAGACAGAGGACAAAGGAAAUCACUCAUUUCGAUCUCGGAAAGUGUGCCAAGAUGCAGUCGCUCCAAGAUCAGGACGCUCUCAUCCCUCGGCCCCGCGGGGCUUUGCCUAAGGUGUGUGCUGUGGCGCUGGCUGCCAUAACAAUAGUAGGCAUCGAGUUUCUGUCUCCUGAAAGGUUAUUUGGCUGGGUUGCCAUGGUGAUACUCAUCCUGACCCUUGGCCCUCUGCUGCACGGGCUCUGUCUGCUAGCAGAGGAGAUGCUACACCACUCAAACACCAGGUAUCAGGGCCGAGGGCUGCUGAGCCACAUGCUGCCAGCCUGUGGUCUGUGCGGAAAGACUCUGCUGGCUGCAUUGCUGGCAGGCCUUCUGCUCAACCUGGCCGGACAUCCUCUGCCACGCGAAGGCCAGUGCUGGAAGCUCCUCUUCCUGGCCUCGACUCUUUACGCUCUAUUCAAAAGCCUGGGAGUCCUGGGUCCAUCGGAGGUGGAGGUGUCAGACAUGUGCGAGGGGAGGAAGAUGAACGUGGCUCACGGCCUGGCCUGGUCCUUCUACCUGGGCUACCUGCGACUGGUGCUACCACGUUUGGAGGACUCCAUAACAGCAUUUCGUUCCACCCAUCGGGCCAGCAGCCCCUUCUGGGGUCGUGGCACCAGGAAGCUUAUCAUCCUCGUACCUCUCAACGCCAACAUUUCUCACAAGCUGGAGGAACAGGAUGACAACAUCCGUUUCUAUGACAACCUCCCCAACACUGAGAUGGAUAGGGCAGGAGUCCGGGGACGGGUCUACAAGCACAGCGUCUACAGAGUGCUGGACAAACAUGGGAAGGGCCACGAGUGUGUGGUGGAGUAUGCCACGCCUCUGCUGACGCUGUACAGCAUGUCCCAAGAGAGCAGCGCUGGUUUCGGAGAGCCUGAGCGCAGACAGCAGGUCCUGCUCUUCUUCAGGACCCUGCAGGACAUCCUGGAGCAUUCACUGGAGUGUCGCAACCGCUACACACUCAUCCUGCUCAAUGACGAGCAUGAGAACAACCCUCACUUCCUGUCCGAGGCCAUCCUCAGACACCUGGAGCAGCAGGAAAGGGAGGAGUACUGCCUCACCCCACCUCCCCACCAGGAGAUGGUGCACCCGUUGUCGAGUACAUCAGGUGCCCCGCGAAGUGCGCCGCCUGCCAACACUGACUGGCAGCACCCUGAACCAAUGACCAGGGAGCCCACGCUCAUGUUCAGCCUAGAGAAACCUCAGCCUCUGAAGGAACCUGUCGAGAACACUGAGCAUUUCUAGACUGGUUAUGUUUCAUUUGACCUCUUCUACAAGUAACGGUUAGAUGAGUAACAGACAUUCUGAGGAGCUGCCCUACCAGUGACAGCAGGAGAGAACAACUUCAGCCACUUAUUGUGAUGAUAUGAGUGCAGUGGAAGCAGAUUGUGCAGUCAGCUGGCUUUAAUGCUCAGAAGGUGUUGCAACUGGAGAGUGUCAUUCAGAGAACAGGAAACGAUCUUCUGCCAUUGUCCACUAAAUAUCUAAUUAUUUAAGUCCAAAGUUUUACACCUGAUGUCCGCCUCCUUCAGUGGUCUCAGCAUUAUAUGACAACUGUUUACAAGCUCCCCCUGCUGGAUAUAAUGUGCAUAGGAUUCAGACUUUCAUGAUGUCUUUGUGUUCUCACCUCAUGUGUAUCUGGUUCAGACAGAUUGAAGAUAGAACCAAUAAAGACUGGACAGGAAGCUUGACA